CUGUGAAUGUGUGUGAGAGGCCGAGAAUGUGUGUGAGACACACACACAGUGAGAGAGAGAGUAUAUGGAGUUCCACAGUCAGUCUAUGUUUGCUGUCAUAAAUAAUUGGUCCACGGGGAGGGGUUCUAGAGUUAAGGGCUCCUCCAUUAGGCCAAAAACUUUGGGAGCGCCUUUCAGUCCUAAUUGGCACCAACGAUUGGUGGCACCGCAGCUGGCAAACUCCGCCGAAGACUCGACAUGAGAGAAAAACACAAAAACCUCCACUGCCCCCUCGGCUCUUGAAUGUAUCCUGUGGCACCCUAAAGGAUAGGAAAACCUAUUCCAGAGUGAACAGAGGACCACUACGGCGGGGAAAAAGAGAAAGCGAGAGAGGGGAGCAAAUGCUGUUCUUUUGACAACCUGUUCAGUGUGGAGCUGUGAGGCUUGAGCGCAUCCACCGGUAUGCGUUAGCUUCUGUCCUCCCUCCCCUCCCCUCUCUCCAGCCCUCUCUCCCCCUCCACAGACAGGGGCGGUCGUUCUCAGUCAGCGCACAUAUUCCACUUGGCCAGCAUCACUUGGAGUCCACAGACAACAGCGCUGAUUGAACGAGCGGAGGGGAGCUCAUUUUCAGAGCGCUGUUAGAGGGGCUUCACCACACUCUCACUGGUCAGAGACAGAGAAAGACACAUAGUAGAAAGCCGUUUCAACCACGUCUGUAAAAGUAGAUAAUCCACAAAAGAGGAGACGGGGUGUAGGCUAAAGGAUUUAUUUUUUGGCCAAACUACCCUUCCUUGAGUUUUUCAAAGGGAACGUGAUUUAAUCCUAAUCCUUGGGAAGAGGGACUCUCCUGUGGACCGAGCGGCGGUAAGGUUCCGCCGUCAGCUUCUCCGUAGAAUAAAAGUUUAACACCCCAAGGAGAUCAUUUGAGAGGUCUGAGGACACACCAAACUCUCCGGUAUACUCUCCUGGAAUUGUAAAGCUCAUAACGGGCGCCCACCUGGAGGAGGAUUUAUAACUUUUCUACACGUUUUGUGGAGAGACACGGAGGCGGGUUGGUCUCACGGAGAGCGGAGGAUUCCUCCUCGCUGCGCCGGGAGGAGUGCGCGCUGCGCUGCGCUGUGAAGCAGACUGACCCAAAGGACGGCACGUCGGAGACAAGGUUAUGAGGGAGCUGAGCUGAACAUGGAGCUUUUCUGGAUUUUGUUAUUUUCUAGCAUCUGCCCUCUCGCCCGGGGCCAAGGAGUUUACGCUCCAGCCAACGCCCAGAUCGUGCACUCAGGCGCAGCGUGUAACGUCAAGGAUGAUAACAUCAGUGAGAGAAUCUACACCAUCAAAGAAGGAGACACACUAGUGCUUCAAUGUAUUGUUAAAGGACAUCCACGACCACAGGUACGGUGGACGAAGACGGCAGGCAGUGCAUCAGACAAGUUCCAGGAAACAUCCAUCUAUAACGAGACGCUGCGCAUCGAGGGCAUCCAGAGGGUGCAGGGGGGUCGCUACUACUGCAAGGCCGACAACGGGGUGGGGGUGGCUGCCAUCAAGUCCAUCCGCGUAGAUGUGCAAUACCUUGACACACCAGUUCUGACUGUGCACCAGACCAUCAGCGAUGUGCGUGGCAGUUACUACCAGGAGAAGACUGUGUUCCUGCGCUGCACCGUCAACUCCAACCCUCCUGCUCGAUUCAUCUGGAAACGUGGAAACAUGCUCAUUGAGCAGAGCAAGGACAACGGAGUGGACAUCUACGAACCCCUUUACACUCAGGGUGAGACCAAGGUCCUGAAGCUGAAAAACCUCAGACCCAAGGACUUUGCUGAUUACACGUGCCAGGUGUCCGUCCGCAAUGUGUGCAACAUCGAAGACAAGUCGGUCACCUUCAGGCUCACAAAUGCCACAACUCCCCCAAUGAUCCGACUGUCAGUGAAUGACUCAGUGGUGGUGGAUCCUGGACAGGAUGUGCUCUUAACCUGUGAGGUCAUGGCAGGUUUCCCCCUUCCCACAGUGACGUGGUCACGUUACCCUGGCCCCCUUCCCCUCAGCGCCCAAGUUAGAGGACCAACACUGAUUUUGCGGGCUGUCACACCAGCUGAUGCAGGCUUCUACAACUGCACAGCCGUCAACAAUGUGGGCAACCCGGCUCGCAAGAACGUCAAUCUCAUUGUCAGGACAAUGACCAACCUGACCUUCCAGAUUACACCGGACUCCAACAAGGACAGCGAAACCAUCCAAAUGGGUCGGGACCUCAAACUGUCCUGCCACGUUGAUGCCACCCCCCAGGACAAGGUCAACUACACCUGGUACAAGAACGGUGCACCUGUCUUCAACUCCGAUAGCCUGAUUCUGCUACGAAGUGACCCAGACAUGGCCCCUGGCACCAGCAGCUUGGAGAUUGUGGACAUGAAGUUCAGAGAUUUGGCUACCUACAGCUGUGUGGCGAACUUCCCCGGGAGCAGGGUGCCCGAACUCCGUGUGGAUGUCAACAUUUCUCAAAACAGUGUUUCUCCUCCAGUGCUGUCAGUUCCUCCCGGAGGUCAGGUGGUCAGUGUUCGAGAGGGAGGCAAUGCUGAGCUGGUGUGCUUGGUGGUCGAUGGCAAACCACGUCCACCUAUACUGUGGUCACGAGCAGAAAAGGACCUGCUAAUGCCAGCAGGAAAGACCACAGUGGAGACAACUGAUGGACGCUUGAGGCUAAAGAACGUCAGCCGGGACAUGAUGGGGCUAUACCGGUGCCAGACUGCUCCAUACAACGGUCUUAACAUCAAACGCAGGGAGGCACAGGUCCAACUGAAUGUGCAGUAUCCUCCCAUACUGGACCCAGUCUUCCAGGAUGUACGUUCUAGGAACUAUCAGAUGGUGACCCUGAGGUGUACAGUUCUGCGGUCCAACCCUCCUCGCCUAACAGACAUUCGCUGGUUUCGCAAUGGCGAUUUCAUCCGUAUGCCCAUGCCAGACCUGAAGGAGACGCCAGAGCUGAAGUUCAAGCUGGAACCCACCAACAAUGGCACUUACGAGUGCCGAGUCAGCAAUAGUGCAGGAACAUCAGCAUGCACAUUUAAUGUCUCUGCACAACCCUACAAUGCCGAAUUCUACUUUGACACACCCAAUCCAGUCCGAAUCCUAAAAGGAAACAACUACUCCUACAACCUGCAGUGGACACAAAAGGAUCCAGAGGCCACAGACCGUAUCAUAGGUUACUGGCUUAAUGUCCGAAAGAGCAAGCAGAGCCUGCUGUCGAAGCAGAUAGACCUCAAGGGUAAAGAGCCAGAGAAGGGUGUGCUGAUGUCCCAUACCAUUUCAGACCUGAGAAUCCCUCUGUCCUAUGAGGUCCGACUGGCCCCCAUCACCACCUACAGCACUGGGGACUACAUCAGUCGCAUCAUACAGUACUCAGAACCCUACACCUACCCAAGACCUUCAGAUCAUGUGUGUGGCUUUGAGGAUGAGCGGAUCUGUGGUUUCUCUCAAGACCGAAGCGAUGUCUUUGACUGGACGAGGCAGAAUCACUUGACUCAGAAUCCCAAGCGAUCUGCCAAUACCGGCCCCGAGACUGACCGUAGUGGGACCAAGGAGGGAUACUACAUGUACAUUGAAGCAUCAAGGCCGCGUGUUCAAGGGGACAAGGCUCGUCUUCUUUCUCCACUUUUUAAUGUAUCCUCCAUCAGGGGUCCCAAGGGCUCGGGCAGAGUCCCAUACUGUGUCUCCUUCUACUACCACAUGAAGGGUAAACACAUUGGCACGCUUAAUGUGCUUCUGAGAGUGAGAAGCAUUGCCUCUGUGGACUCUGUGGUGUGGACAAAGUCUGGUCACCAGGGUCCGGACUGGAAGAAAGCAUUCUUUGACAUCAGCCCCAGUGGACCAUUCCAGAUUGUGUUUGAAGGAAUUAGAGGCCCAGGUUUCGAAGGGGAUAUCGCCAUUGACGAUGUGUCCAUCACCAUUGGGAAGUGCAAGCAGGAGAAUACUGUAGCCAGCGCAGGUAAGACAGUUCUAAUCGGUGGAUCACACUCACUCCCAUUGGCCAGCUGGUUGAUUGUUGGCCUCUCCUGCUUCCUGUCGCUACUCUACAGAUGAUGAGCACUUCCCACAGCACCGCCAGUCUGUAGUGACAGACACUGCCCUGACUCGUGCUCUUUUACUUCUCUCUCGACCCUUUUCCUCUAAGUCCCUGUCUCCCUAACUGUCUGUCCUUCUCCACUUGUUGUCUUUCUAUCCUUCAUGCAUCCAUUUCAUCCUUC